GUGGUUCGACCGACCACAGUCUGUAUUCACGAUGUCGACCACUCCUGUAUACGACCCAGCCCAGCCCAACGGCGGCGAUUCGCUCGUUGUGGACGUCAACGCCCAGUAUGCCGGCCUCGAGUACCACUACACCUACCUCGUCUUCUGUGGCUUCAUCGUCUGGCUCAUUAUCCCCGGCAUCGGCCUGCUCUACGGCGGUCUCGCACGCCGAAAGUCGUCCCUGGCCCUGCUCUUUCAGUCCUUGAUGGUCUGCGGAGUUGUAACUUUCCAAUGGAUGUUCUGGGGCUACUCGCUGGCCUACUCGCGCACCGGCAAUGCCUUCAUCGGCGAUCUGGCCAACUUCGGUCUCAAGAAUGUCAUGGCCGCGCCCUCGCCCGGCAGCGCCGUGAUCCCUGAGAUCGUUUUUUGCCUGUACCAGAUGCUCUUCUGCGCCUGCACCGUGCAGCUCGUCAUUGGCGGCUCCUUCGAGCGUGGCCGUAUCAUGCCAUCCCUCGUCUUCUCUUUCUGCUGGGCCACUAUCGUCUACUGUCCUAUUGCGAACUGGACCUGGAACGCCAAUGGCUGGCUGUACAACCUUCCCUCCCUCGACUUCGCUGGGGGCGGACCCGUCCACAUCGCCUCCGGAUGGUCUGCCCUUGCCUACGCCUUUGUUCUAGGCAAGCGCAAGCACACGGGCGAGCCCUCCCACGGCAAGCCGCACAACACCACGCUCAUCUUCCUCGGAACCGUCCUGAUCUGGUUCGGCUGGUUCGGCUUCAACGGCGGCUCCGCACUCAACGGCUCCAUCCGCGCCAUGCUCGCCGCCUUCAACACCAACACGGCCGCCUCCUUCGGCGUCCUCGGCUGGACCCUCGUUGACUACAUCCGCACACGCGGCAAGUUCAGCGUCGUCGGCGCCUGCUGCGGCGCCAUCGCCGGCCUUGUCGGCAUCACCCCCGCCGCCGGCUACGUCUCCGUGUGGAUUGCCGCCCUGAUCGGCUUCCUGACCGCCGUCGUCUGCGCCUCAGUCCAGGACCUCAACAAGUGGCUGCACAUCGACGAGGGCAUGGACGUGUUCAAGCUGCACGGCGUCGGCGGCAUGUGCGGCUCCUUCUUCACCGGCAUCUUCGCUCAGAGUUGGGUGUCGGCGCUCGACGGCUCGUCGCAGUACCCGGGCGGCAUCGACGGCAACGGCGUGCAGGUCGGCAAGCAGUUCGCCGAGAUCUGCGCCAUCUCAUCGUACUCGUUCGUCGUGUCGUGCAUCCUGCUGUACGCGCUCAAGUACAUCCCCGGCAUGCACCUGCGCGUCAGCGAGGAGGGCGAGAUGAUGGGGCUGGACAUCGACCAGUUCUUCGACGAGCAGAUCGGCGACUGGUCCAUGUUCGACCAUGCGACGACGGUGCAUGGCAUCAAGGGGACCGGUGCGACCAGCAGCGCGCAUAGCGUGCAGCAGAGCACGGAGAUUCCUGACACUAAGGAGGCGUAGAUCUGUACUGUAGACUGAGGGAAAGGGAAGAAUGUCGGAGUAGGAGUUUGUGGUGUUACCCUAGACUUUCUCUCUAAUUUAGAAUCGGGCGGUGUGGGUGGUAGAUGGUGUUGACUGUUCUGUUCGAAAAGAUAUCCCCCUUGCGAGAAUUGCUACCGCGCCUAGAACCUAUGUAAUCUAAAGUAAACCAAUAGAGGGUGUGAACCAACCCCGCCG